CACAGCUCAAGGAAUGCCUGCUUGAGUUGGGUGUAGCGUCAACAGGACAGAGUAAUUAGGGCUUAGCAGCUGGCUUGCAGCUCCUCAGCGUUAUGGAGGGCAUCUCAAGGCACUUGUUAGAUGGUGAGCAGUGGGUUGGAGACUCGGUGGGCCCGUUCUUCGGGUUCAUGGGAGCUGCCGCGGCUCUGGUGUUUGCAUGUUUUGGAGCAGCUUAUGGAACAGCAAAGUCCGGAGUGGGCAUCGCAUCCAUGGGUGUGAUGCGACCAGAGCUCGUCAUGAAGUCCAUCGUUCCCGUGGUCAUGGCUGGUGUUCUGGGUAUCUACGGGCUCAUUAUUGCUGUCAUCAUCAGUACCGGAAUCAACCAGACCGCUGACAAGCCGUACUACCUCUUUGAUGGCUAUGCUCACCUGGCAGCUGGCCUCUCCUGUGGCCUGGCAGGCCUGGCAGCUGGCAUGGCCAUCGGCAUUGUUGGUGACGCUGGUGUCAGGGCAAACGCGCAGCAGCCCAAGCUGUUUGUGGGAAUGAUCCUGAUCCUCAUUUUCGCAGAGGCUCUUGCCCUGUACGGCCUCAUCGUUGGGAUCAUCCUGGCCUCCAAGGCUGGCACUGCCACUCCCGGGACUUGAGCAGAUUCUCAGCCGACCUGACGAGCUUCUACAGAAGCCUUGGGCUGCAAGACCACCUUCAAUUAGACCAAUGCCCAAGUAUGGUACCACUUCAUCCAGAAAAUUCUCGACAUGCUUUAGACACUAGCAUUUUGCAAGCAAGACAUGCAGGGUAAAUUCUUUUCCUGCUGCGGAUUUUCUGCGAUCGGGUUACAAGUACUUGUGAUGAUGAGCAGACCUCACUACUGCGGCCGACUCAGCAUGCAUGUGCAUGUUAGCUGAUGUGUGGCUGCAAUUGAAUCGCGAUGGAAGCAUGUAAAGUAUGGAAUAUCCUUUGCC